AUGGAGGAAGCUGAAGACAGAAUUGCAGUGGUGGGCAUAGGAUGCAAUUUUCCAGGCGGAGAAGGGCUUGAAAAUUUCUGGAAGGUUUUGAUGAAUGGGAGAAACUGUUCUGUGCCAAUUCCCAAGGAGAGAUUUGACUUAACGAGGUGGUAUGACCCUGACGACACCAAAGCGGGUAAAUCCUGCACAGCCAAGGCUGCUCUCAUUGAUGGUUUCAAUGAAUUUGACCACAAGUUCUUCGGCAUCACUGACAGUGAAGUGGAACAAAUGGAUCCACAACAAAAACAGGUCCUUCAGUGUGUCUACAGGGCUUUAGAAAAUGCUGGAAUUCCAACGGAGAAGGCCAGUGGGACCAGGACGGGAGUUUUUUUUGGCCUUAUGAACAGAGAUUAUGAAACAAAUGCUGCACAUGUGCACCCAAGUGUGAUCAAUCACUGGACUGGCACAGGGCUCGCCAUGAGUAUAGCAGCAAACAGAGUUUCCUACAUCUUCAACUUCACUGGACCCUCACUGUCCAUCGACUGUGCCUGCUCGUCAUCCCUUGUGGCUCUUCAUCUUGCCUGUCAAUCCAUUAAACAAGGAGAUUGUAACAUGGCUGUGUGUGGCGGCGUCAACUGUAUCAUAGAGCCAAGAGUGUUUGUUGCUCUCAGCAAGGCCAAGAUGAUUUCACCUGAAGGGACGAGCAAACCUUUCUCCAGCAGGGCAGAUGGCUAUGGUAGAGGAGAAGGCUGCGGUGUUGUUCUCCUGAAGCCACUGAAAAAGGCUAUACAAGACCAUGACCAUAUCUGGGGUAUCAUCAGCAAAACAGCUGUCAACCAAGAUGGUCACGCAGUAACGCCAAUCACCAAACCCUCCAUGACACAACAAGAGGAGCUGCUGCGAAGAAUCUACUCACAGUGCGACCUCACAAAUGUCCAGUACAUAGAGGCACAUGGGACUGGGACCCAAGUUGGAGACCUGACAGAGGCACAAAGCAUCUCAAACGUCAUUGCUAAAGCCAGACCUCCUGGGACAGAGACAUUGCGGAUUGGCUCUGUGAAGGGUAACAUUGGGCACACAGAAUCUGCUGCUGGGGUGGCAGGACUCAUUAAGGUCCUACUAAUGAUGAAGCAUGAGACCAUUGUUCCUUCAGUUUUCUACUCUGAAGAGACUGCCAGUGUAGAUGCCAAAGCCCUGAAUAUCACAGUUCCUAAGGAAGUAGAAAGGUGGGAAGCUUCUGGUGUUAGAAUUGCAGGAGUGAACAACUUUGGUUUUGGGGGUACAAAUGCCCAUGCCAUUGUCAAACAGUACAAACUGUGUCAUACUGAGCAAAAGAGUGACAGGAAGCAGGCAAAGUAUUUUGUCUUAUCAGCAAAUUCACCAAAAUCCCUCACUCUGAUGAUAGAAGACACCAUAAACCAGCUACACGAAGAUUGCAAAGUUGAUUUAAACUCUCUGUUGUACACAUCAGCUUGCAGGAGAAGCCACCUGAAACACAAAUACAGGAAGGCCAUUGAGGUUUCAUCCAUAGUCGAUCUUAAAGAGAAGCUAAGUGCUGCCGUUGACAAAACUUUUGGCCCCUCCUAUUCAGAUCCAAGGUUAGUGUUUGUCCUCUGUGGAAAUGGUGUCAUUUAUCAUGGCAUGUGCAAGCAGCUACUCAAACACGAGCCUGUAUUCAGAGGUAAGAUCAAAGAGAUUGCACAAUCUUUCCAGAGGCUGAGUGCGCUGAACAUCUUGGAGACACUUGAGAGCGAGUUUGAGAGUAGUGACUUCAAAAACCCAGAUGUUGUCCAACCUCUCAUCUUCGCUAUCCAGGUUGGCAUUACAACCCUACUCAGACACUGGGGUGUCAAGCCUGACGCAAUAUUGGGUCACUCUGUUGGUGAGGUUGCAGCCGCUCACUGCUCUGGCCUCUUGUCUCUUGAAGAUGCAGUAAAGGUUAUCUAUUUCCGCAGCACUCUCCAGACAAAAGUCACAGGGGGGAAAAUGCUUGUAAUCAGCAAUAUGGCUGUAUCAGAGGUCGCUUCUCUUCUCCCUAAAUACUCUGGUAGAAUUUGCCUUGCUGCUUUCAACAGCCCACAGUCCUGCACCCUCUCAGGUGAUACAGAUGCAAUAGAACGCUUUCACAUGGAGCUAAGCACCACAGCCAACAGUCAGAAUCUGUUCCUCCGUGUUCUGGAUGUCCCUGCUGCUUAUCACAGCCACAUGAUGGAUCCAAUUCUGCCAAAAAUCAACGAGACAAUUGGUUCCUUACAGGUAAAUGAUCUCCACACAGAGUUGUUCUCAACAGUGACGGGCAAGGAAGCACAUCAGGGUGAUUUCUGCACAGGUGAAUAUUGGGCAAGAAACAUUCGCGAGCCAGUGGCUUUUGAGGAAGCGGUGAGGUCAGCAACCAAAGGAAAAAAGAACACAGUUUUUGUAGAGAUUGGGCCAAGAAGAGCGCUACAGAGAAAUAUCAUGGAAUCUUUGGGUAAUGACACAGCUGUUCUCGCUUCGGUACAGCCAGAGAAAGAUCGAGAAACAAUCAUGUCAGUUGUUUCUAAGCUGUUCGAGCUGGGUGUUCAGGUAGAUUGGAACACAUUCUACACAGGAUACGAGACCAUACCACUGCCUUUCCCAAAAUAUCAGUUUGACUGCUCAGACAAGGAUAUUAUCAUAGGAGCAGCACAGACACAUACAGGAAGUAAUCACCCUGUCCUCCGUCUGAGUGGAAGUGGAAGCAACAUUUUCAGCUGUGAUCUUAUGUCUGAUUCUUCUUUCUACCUGAAAGAGCACAAACACAACAACAUACCCAUCAUCCCUGGGGCCUUCUAUGCUGAAUUGGGUUUAGCCGCAUUUAUAGCCACUGCCAAACCAAAAGUCCCACUCAAUUCACUACAGCUCAGUGUCAAUUUUCACAAUCCAUUUGUUUUUACCCAAAAUUCACCAGAAAUGAAAGUGCAACUAGAACAAAGAAAGAAAGAAACUAGUUUCACUGUAUUCUCCUCAUCUGCAAUGUAUGCAUCAGGCACAGUGGUUUCAAAGAAAGAGAGGCUGAUUGAGGUGCAGUCCAUUUUGCUAAGCUCCAUCUACAAAAGAUGCACAUCUGUAGUGAGUUCUAAGGAAUUUUAUGGGUAUCUCUCUCAAGGAGGCUUUCAGUAUGGAGAUGUCUUCAAUAAUAAGGGGAAUGUGCACUAUGGGGAAGAUCUGAAAGAGGCAUUUGCAGUUGUCACAGUUCCAGAGGAACUGCAGUCUCAGUUGCAUGAUUACUGUGUUCAUCCUGUUGUGCUGGAUUACCUGAUGCAGCUUCUCCCAGUCACAGUCGAGCACAUUUUUGCUGGUAGACCAGGAUUUCCUGCAAAAAUAGGAAGUUUGACAGUCUUGGAACCCUUGCAAGAUGAGAUGAUUGUCUAUCUGAGAGCAACUGAUGUGGGUGUUGAUCACUUUGAGGUCUGUGGCUGCUUUGCAGAUAAAGAAGGCAGAGUAUUGGUUGAGGUUAAGCAUGUGAUGGUCAAGCACCUUGGCAGUCCUUCUAAUGUGGUUGAGGAGUACUUCUACCAUAAUGACUUUAGUGUCAUCCCUGAAGGUAUGAAAUCUGCUCCUCCUCCUAAUGCCUUGGUCUUUUGGGAUAGUAUGGGGAUCUCUAAAGGCCUACAGCAACAUUUGGACUCAAGGUCUAGAUACAUUUCCUUCACACAUGCAAAAGACAUCUUGAGCUAUGAGUUCCCUGCUCUGUUGGCAAACCUCAAUAUCACAGACAUUGAGAAAAACUUUGACGAGGUCUUAUUUUUGUGGGGCAAAGAAAACCUCACUUCACUGGCAGCAGAUGUUGUCCUGCAGAAUUUGACGAACUGCUGUGAGACUUUCCGCCAAAUAGUUCUUGAGCUCAAGAGAAUUCACUUCCCAAACUCCAUCAGAGUGAUAACCUACUGUUCAUCUGACAUCACAUUAGACCACAUAAAUCCAGGUUUUGCACUUGCUGGCAUGACAAGAUCUUUUGCUGCAGAGAUACCAGAGCUUUCAUUUCAGUUGGUUGAUAUAAGCACUAUCUCUGCUGAGGACAUUGCUGCUCUUUGUGAUGUCUUAAGAUCGUAUCCUUGCAGCAAGUACCCAGAAUUGGUGGUAAAAGACGGGCUGAUUCUAAAACCUUCUAUUGUGCGUACCCCACCUGAGAUAACUAACAGCUCACAGGGCAGUUUUACCUCUAACAUGUCUGAACCCUGCAUCUUUCAGACAGCUGAUGCACAUAAGAUGACUCAUUUGAGUGCGAUUCAUUUUGACAAGGGGGUGCAGCCAAUUCGUGAUGGAUCAGUUGAAAUUCGGCCCACUAAGAUAUGUGUUCAUUCAUCAGAUUACUUCCCUGUAAGUGCCUCAGAUCUGAAAUUUGGCCAGACACUAUACUGGGACAAACACUCCUCACAGAACCACAAGCUACUGAUCCUUGAUUUCAGUGGUACUAUAACAGCAGUCGGAAAAUAUGUCAGGAAGUUGAAAGUGGGAGACCAAGUUGCUUGCUGUUAUCCUGUGGUGGCAGCCAGCAAAGUUAGAGUUCCAGAGGAUGUGUGCUACAGCACCAAACGCUUCCUGUGCCUUAGAAAAACACCCUGUGUUUCCUAUUUUGUGCUUGCUUGGGAAAUCCUGCAUCAAGCCUUGCCUAGAGCCAAACAUCAUCUAGGAAUCAUAUCCUCUGUCCCUGACUCUGCUCUGAUGAAAGUCUUGGCACUCACUUCUCGCAAGUCUGGUUGGAAUGUGAUAGUUAAAACACAACGACAUGGCUAUUUUGUAGAUGUCAAUCAGCUAGACACAUUCAUUGUCCUACCUCCAUAUGAUGAAUCCCUGAUUGCUAAAAUCUGCAAAAUUCCUGGUGUCAAAUAUGUUGUCAUCAUCUCUGAAUUUCAGACGCCGUCUCUGCUUGCUCAGGAUGUAUUCCAAAGUAUAAAGGAAAAUGUUCAUGUGCAGACAAUUCACAUGCCAGUCAUCUUACAAAAGGGAUCAUUGAGUGCAAAAGGGCCAUACAUUGAUCACUGGCUCAAGUCCUUGAACUUGAGCAGGACAUUUUCUCUUGAAAGCUUUACCUUUCAGAAUAUGAAAUCUGAAAGCAUCACAAUUCAUUCAGAGGAACCAGAAACAUACUUCAACUCAAGGAAACUGGCUGUUGUGGCUCUAGAAAGAGGUAUCAAGAGUACACUAUGUGACAUUCCAUUGCUGCCAACAAAAAAACAGCUUUUCCAAAAGAGAGCAGUGUACAUUGUGGCAGGUGGUCUCUCUGGUCUGGGCUUUGAAACGGUCAAAUUCAUCUCGCAAAGAGGGGGUGAGUACAUUGUCAUACUCUCCAGGAGCAAGCCCACUCCAGAUGUGAAAAAAGAGAUAUGCGAAGUGGAAAAACUGUGUGGGAACUGCAUAACUACCAUGCAGUGUGACAUAUCUGUCUCUGAGCAUGUGCACAAGGUUAUCAGUGGCAUCAACCUGAAAUUCCCUGGUUGUCCAAUCAGAGGAGUGUUUCACAGUGCAGUGGUCUUGCAUGAUGGGCUGAUUGAGACCCUUAACAGAUCUCUCUAUGAGAAAGUUCUCAAACCCAAAGUAAACGGUGCACUUAAUUUGCACCAUGCAACAGUGAGCUGUCAGUUAGAUUACUUUGUGUGUUACUCCUCCAUCUCUGCUUUUCUUGGAAACGCAUCACAAACAAACUAUGCAGCAGCCAAUACAUUCCUCGAUAUGUUUUGUCAGUACAGGCGCAAACUCGGUAUGCCAGGACAGUCUAUCAACUGGGGAGCUCUGAACCUGGGGCUUCUCCUGAACAAGGAGCAUUACCAGCAAUUUCUGGAGGCAAAGGGGAUGAUGGUGUUGAAUGUGGCUGAAAUUCACCAAAGUCUGGAGCAAUGCCUUGUGAUCAACCGACCCCAACAGGCUGUUUGCAGGUUUCACUUCAGAAAUAUCAGACACAACAUCCUCUCUCAAAAUGUGGCCUUGACCCUGCGCCUGUCCACGUUAGUAGAGGAAGCUUUUCAAAAGUCCAAAGAGACAGAUUCUCCAAAACAAACCAAUUCUGUCUCACCAAAAGACUAUGUUGCCUCACUACUUAUAGAGACCAUUAGCGUGGACAAGAGUGAGCUGAAAGACGAAUCACUUCUUUCAUCCUUAGGCAUUGACUCCAUGCAGGCCAUGACUCUGCAAAAUCUCAUCUUUCAAAGGAGAGGUGUGAAUGUGCCUUUAGUGAUGUUGUUGGAUCCCAAUGCCACGCUGUCAACAGUGGUAGCUAUACUGAGUGAAAAAUCUGGAGACGAAAAUGUCAGCGAUAACCAAGAGUCCCUUCCAGCUGAGGACAUAAAUGAUGUUUCGACCAGAUUAUAA